AUGACGGCGACGCCCAUGUUGACGAGAAUGAAGCCAACAUUGGUGACAAGUACCCCGAGGUUGAUCAAGACAACACCAACGUGUACGCACGCAACCGCCUGGUUAACCAUGACGGAACCGCCGUUCACACCAGCGAAGGUUCGGUUGAACGCGACACCCCCGAUGUUGAUGCAAGCAAGGCGGGUAUUCAGCGUCACGAACCCGAGAUUGAACAGGACUACACCCUUGCUAAGACUCACGACACCUAUUUUCUUCAUCGCAAAUCCCGUAUGGUGCGCUAUGAAGCGUUCUCUUGUUGCUGGGGGUUCGGGCAUCGUCGUCAAGGGCGCGUCGCGGAGCCAGGCGAGCGUUUGCAGGAGCUGGAACACGCACCGCCACCAGACAAGUGCUUCCCGCUCGAGCCCGCUGAUGCGAGGUAAGCGCAGCCAGUUUAAGGGAGCUUUAUCCCUGAAACAGCAGUUUGACGACCCAGACGAGCACCCAGUGGAGCGUUUUGUGCGCAAACGCAGACGACCGCCUGCCUCGCCGAUACCCUGGUCUGAGCGGCUCCUCGGUAUCUUGCCGUAUCUGGUGCCGCUGCUGGACUCAUUGGUAUACGGAAAGUACGUGUUUGAGCGAUUCCCAAUUUUCUCUAUGUUCGUCUUGCAACCAUUGUGGCCUCUGCUGAGCAUCUACCGCGGCAUUCCUUUCCUGCCUCUGAUCAUUUUCGUACUCAUGCUCGUGCUCGUGGUGCGAAACCCCCGCGUCAGCUACUUUGUACGAUUCAACACGAUGCAGGCACUGACGCUGGAUAUUGCCUUGAUUUUACCACAGCUUUUCCAGGGAUUAAGCAACGCUCUUCCAGUGUCAGCUGUGGCGAUUCAGGUGCUACAAGCUUCCGUCUUUUAUGGAAUGCUCGGUUGCAUCCUCUAUGUGAUCCAGUCAUGUGGACGGGGACAGGUUCCCGAUCGUAUCCCGCUGAUUAGCGAGGCAGCACAUACACAGACAAUGUCGGGUCCCUGA